AUGUCUACGAACGCCGUCAGCCUGGCGCGACUCCGAACGCGUGCCGCCGUUGGCCUUCUUCGUAACGAGUUUCCGGCCGGCGCACGGCCAGCGCUCGCUUCACUGCACGCGACAGUGCUACAACGCCAUCAACAUGCUCUUCGGGCGCACUCGACACAGUCCACAGACUCCACCACCUCUCACAUAACCCUCAAACCAAGCACACCGGGCUUCCACCAAAGCCACCUCGCCGCACAGCGCCUCCGCCGCCCCGUCUCCCCGCACAUCACCAUCUGGCGCUGGCAGAGCCACAUGCUGCUCUCAGCCCUGCAGCGCAACACCGGCCUGCUCUUCGCAGGGCCGCUGUACCUGUUCCUUAUCGCGCACGGCCUGUCGCCCCUCCUUGGUUCUGAUGUGGGCAUAUCGUCCGCUGGUGUCGUGGCGGCGGUGGCGGCGCUGCCGGGGGUGGUGGUGUGGGGUGGCAAGGCGGUGGCGGCGUGGGGGCUGAGUCUGCAUGCCGUGCAGGGCAUACAUGAGGUUGUGAGGGGGCUGUGGCCGGCGUGGGGGCUUAGGAGUAAAGAGUUGGUGGUGAAGACGAGUUUGGCGGUGUUUGUGCUCAGUGGUAUGGGGACGGUGGGCUUGUUGUGGGCAUUCUGA